GCCUAGACUUCGAACCAGUUUCGUUAGCCUUUCGACCACGUGCAACAAGGAGCAUUGGCUGGGACUGUACAAGGGUAAAACUAUUUAAGCGGUCAGCGCGGCAAUCACCUGAUGCAAGAAGUCUCUUCCUUCCAGAGUAUUGCCCAAAAAUAUUUUUACAGUCUAGUAAUUCCAGUGUUUGAAGGAUUAACGUUAAUGAUAUAGCGAGGUUAGGGUCACUUACACAACUAUUACAGAGAAAGAAAGUUACGUGUGGGAACAAUGGAAUAUCUACUACACAGAAAAUUCUUCUUCUUCCUACUUCUGACACUCAGCGCCAAUCCUGUAAUCCAAUGUAGAAGAAUCCCCCGGUGGCACAUAAAAAUGGCUCAAAGCCAAGGGCCUAAUACCUGUGCUGUGGAGGAAGUUCCAGGAACUAACAAGAAGUUCUGGACAGAAUGUAAAUAUUGGAUGAACAGGGAAAUAUGCGGCGUCAAAACAGUAAUACGUUACGAAUGCUGCGAAGGAUUUCAGCAAGUUAAACAUAAACCAGGAUGCAGCGGAGUGAAACCGAUGACAAACGUACUGGACACGGCAAGAGAAUUGGGGGCUACCUACUUUGUGGACUACUUGACCCAAGCUGGACUAGCAGACAGUCUACGACAAGCUGGUGCUGCUGUUACUCUCUUCGCUCCAACUAACGAAGCUUUUGAAACAAUGAGUCCCCUCAAACGAAAGGAAUUUCAGGAAAGUCUCAAAAAACCUGAAUCUCCAUACUUGCUGCAUCACAUGGUUGGACGUAAACUUCAGUCCUCAAACUUUGAUGCUGAUUUGGAGGUUGAGAGUCUUUAUGACGGACAAAAACUUCGUAUUAACCGUUAUUCAAAUGGGAUGAUUACGGUUAACUGUGGCCCUGUUGUAAGAAAAGAUCAAGAGGCCAAGAAUGGUAUCGUACAUCUGAUUGAUCAAGUGCUUGUUCCUCCUGGACGCACAGGAACUUUAACUAUUCCUGAAAUUCUCGUGGAAGACGGCAGAUUUCGAGAACUGGCUACAACUCUGCUGCAGUCCAAUCUAGUCAAUGAACUCCGCCUGGGAGGUCCUUAUACGCUGUUGGCACCUCUUGAUGAAUCUUUCGAGAAAAUUUCACUCGCUGAAAGAGCUCGUAUGACAGGAGACCCGGAAUCGAGACUUGCCCUGCUGAAGAAUCACGUAAUCCCUCACGUAAUGUGUACUCCGGGUAUAAUAGACAAACACAAGAUUCGAACACUUGGAGGAGAUCACAUUCAUUUGCAUUGCAACCAGUCAGGGACAUUUGUUAAUGAUGUGAAGACGACGUCAGAGGUCAUGAUUGCUAAAAAUGGAGUAAUAAACAUACUUACUGAUGUUCUUGUGCCGGAGCGUGUACGAAGUGUUUUAGAUCUAGCAGUACAAUCAAACAACCUCAAGACAUUCUCCACACUAGCGCGCUCUACCGACAUGGCUCAAGAACUAUUGCGCCCCAACGUCACCAUUACAGUGUUUGCUCCUUCUGACAAAGCUUUUGAAGCAUUACCAGAAGAGAGACGACAGCGGCUUCAGGAAAACACGGACGAAGCUCGUAGACUGUUACAGUAUCAUAUCAUACAAGGUAAAGUAAAAACGGACACCUUCUCAGAUAACCAGAAAGUGGAGACAACAGGAAAAAAGAAUCAACUCCGUUUAAAAGUUUACAGGAAGGCUUUGGGGGUAGAGUCAGCAAUGAUCACUAAAGCAGAUAAAGAAGGCCAGAAUGGCAUCAUUCACAUCAUUGACAAGGUUCUCACGCCUCCGGAACGAAGCACUCUGGAAAUGCUCGAAGAAAAUUCUAAUUUUAGUAUGUUUACUGAUGCAAUUCGGAGAGUUCGAAAAGUUGAACCGGAGUUCCUAUCUGGUCCAAAGCCAUCGCAGAUAUCCUUCACCAUCUUCGCCCCAACAAAUAAGGCUUUCAAACGAAUGAGAAACCAUGAAAUGGAGUCUUUAAUGAAAAACGAAAAAUCUCUGAAAAAGUUUGUACAGAACCACAUAGUGGACAACAUGAUGUCCUCUCGUUCCUUCCGGUCACGACUCUUCUAUGACGUCCAUACGGAAUACGAAAUGGUCAAAGUGCAUAAGAGAAGAGGUCAUCUGAUGGUCAAUAAUGCACACAUUAUAGAGCCUGACGUUGUGACUAAAGAUGGCAUUGUUCACUGUAUUGAUAAAGUAUUAAUGCCAAAACAUCAUCGACAUCUAUGAGAAGAAUCAGUGUGGAUUAUGCAUCAUUUACCUUUUCCCCUGUAUGAUCUGAUUCGUCAUUUCAAUUCUUUCACUGCAAGCAAAAAAAAAGGACUCUGGAGGUAAACUCUUUUGAACAGUGCCCCAAGAGCAUCUGCUCAUAGGAGCAAGAGGGGCACUUGCACCU